UUUCAUGAAUGUGUGUUCGAACUUCGAAAUAAGGACUAGAAUCCAAAAUCUAAUUAGUAACUCGUUGUUGUUGCUUUAUCAAAUUUGCAAUCAAAUUCAGAAGAUAAUCAAGAAAAUUUUUCUUGCACGCAUUUCACAAGCCUUUUUGUUGUAUUAUAAAUCAUGAACUAACACUCGACACUCUCCAACCACCAAAAAAAUGGCAGCAGCUGCAGCAACGCCUCUUGCACCUUCCUUCAACCUCUAUUCCCCCAAACACUUGAUUAAAUUCAAAACUUCAAGAUUGAAGCUCAAGCUCAGCAACAAUCUAAACAGGCAGUCUGUUUCUUGCUUGCCCGCUUCGUUUUCUCGGCCAGUAUCUGUUAAAGGAUCAAGAGCUUUAGCAGCAUCAAGUAUCAUCAGACGGGCCUAUGUUUCGGGCCCGGCUUUCGACGCAAUCGUGUCGGAGGUUGACCCCAAAAUCGACGGCACCUAUAUUGUGGAGCUGCAGCCGCUUGAUGUAAUUAGUUGGGGGCUGUUGUGGAAACUUGUUUCGCGGCAUAAAUGGAGAGCCUUGGCGUCAGUUCUCACCCUUUUCGGCUGUACGAGUUGUACACUGGCCAUGCCCUUGUACUCUGGGAAAUUUUUCGAAGUAUUGAUUGGGGCAAGACCAGAACCUAUCUGGCAGCUGCUGAGUAAAGUGGGAAUACUGUAUACAUUGGAACCCAUUUUCACAAUUAUUUUUGUGGUAAACAUGAAUGGCAUAUGGGAGAAAGUUAUGUCGAGCUUAAGAGCUCAAAUUUUUCAGAGGGUGUUGAUUCAGAAGGUGGAGUUUUUUGACAAGUACAAGGUUGGCGAACUGACUUCCUUAUUAACAUCGGAUUUGGGUUCUCUGAAGACCAUUGUUAGUGAUAACAUAUCAAGAGACCGUGGUUUCAGGGCAAUUUCUGAGGUCAUUGGAACACUUUGCUUACUUUUUGCUCUUUCCCCCCAGCUGGCGCCAGUUUUAGGCCUACUUAUGCUAACAGUGUCUGCAGUAGUUGCUGUAUAUAAGAGAACAACCGUCAGUGUCUUUAAAGUUCAUGGAUCUGCACUAGCCACUAUAGCUGAUUGUGUUACUGAAACUUUUGCUGCUAUACGUACUGUCAGAUCAUUCGGGGGUGAAAAACGUCAAAUGUCAGUUUUUGGUCGGCAGGUUCUUGACUAUGAGAGAAGUGGCAUGACCCUCGGAGUAUUUAAGUCCAUAAAUGAAUCCAUCACAAGGGUUGCCGUCUAUGUCUCUUUAAUGGCUUUGUAUUGUCUUGGAGGAAGCAAAGUAAAAGCUGGCAAACUUGCAGUUGGAACCAUGGUUUCUUUUAUUGGAUACACUUUUACAUUAACAUUUGCCGUUCAAGGUGUGGUGAACACAUUUGGGGAUCUUCGAGGAGCCUUGGCUGCUGUUGAAAGAAUUAACUCGGUCCUGUCUGGUGCUGAAAUUGAUGAAGCACUAGCUUAUGCUCUAGAAAAAGACUUGAAGAGAAGGAAAUCACAUGAUCCAAACCUCGAACCUCUAUUGGCCAAUUCCAACGGGAAAAUGCAAACCAGCAGUGUGGGAUACAUGUCGUCACUAAAAUCUGCUAGUGAUGUGCGCAAGCUUGCAGAGUCCGGUGAUAUUCACCUUGAAGAUGUUUCUUUCUCAUACCCUCUAAGGCCCGACGUGGAAAUCUUACAAGGCCUUGAUCUGACUUUAAAAUGUGGAACGGUCACUGCUCUGGUUGGUCCUAGUGGUGCCGGGAAAAGUACAGUCGUACAGCUUUUAGCUCGCUUUUAUGAGCCAACAAGAGGUCGCAUAACUGUUGCUGGAGAGGAUCUGCGAUCAUUUGAUAAGAGUGAAUGGGCUCGUGCGGUUUCCAUAGUGAACCAAGAACCUGUUCUAUUCUCCGUGUCUGUUGGAGAAAAUAUUGCUUAUGGGCUCCCAGAUGACAACGUUUCCAAGGACGAUGUAAUAAAAGCUGCUAAAGCAGCUAAUGCUCAUGAGUUCAUAAUCUCAUUGCCACAGGGUUAUGACACAUUGGUCGGUGAGCGUGGAGGGUUGUUAAGUGGAGGACAGAGGCAGAGAAUUGCCAUAGCAAGGGCUCUGCUAAAGAAUGCUCCGAUCUUGAUUCUUGAUGAGGCUACGAGUGCUUUGGAUACUGUGAGUGAACGUCUGGUUCAGGAUGCUUUGACUCGUCUGAUGAAGGGAAGAACGACUUUAGUGAUUGCUCACAGACUCAGCACGGUUCAGAAUGCUGAUCUUAUUGCUCUGUGCUCCGAUGGGAAGAUUUCAGAACUCGGGACACACUCAGAGUUGUUAGAACAGAAGGGCUUAUAUGCUUCUCUCGUUGGCUCCCAAAGACUUGCAUUCGAGUGACAGUCACUAUGCACUGAUCGUUUCACAAAAUUUCUCUGCCAAAGCAUGCAAAUAAACUCGCUUCUGCAAUUUGAAACGGAUCGCCAAUGAAAAAACCGCGAAUGCUUCCGCACUAACAUCAUGGAAGGUGAAACGCCACUUUCUGAUACACUGGACAAAACAACGUCGUAAAACCGUUAUUUCAUAUAGUCUUUUUGAUAUAUAUAUAUAGUAUAGAUAUAUGCAGCAAAAACCACCUGCAACUCUUCAUUUUAUAUCUGAACUACAUUGCUGUAUCAUUGAACAUGGCUUACAUCACAUACGCCAUACAUAUAUAUAUGUUACAGAUUAAUAUUUCAUCAAGGUAAAUACAUGAGUAUAGUUUGAGAGAUA